UCAAGCCAUGCUAUCCACGUGGUCGUCUGCGGAGAUCGGUAGAUGUUUCAGGCUUUGCAUUUUAAAACCUCGGUGAACCCCUGCAGUGUCACUAAUUGCAAAACAUAAUGGGAAAGGUUAGAAACAAAGGAAAAUAUGGUUUGAAACUCAAAGCACAGUCAAGGAGAGGGCCACCGGGUAUGGAAGAUUCAGACACAGGAGUUGAUGAACUUCUAAACUUGGCUGACUCGUCCAUGAAUGAGCUGCAGUUUGAAGCAGCUAAAGAAUUUUGUGAACGUGUUUUGCAACUUGAACCAGACAACAUAAAGGCCCUUGAGACCCUGUCUACGAUCCUGUUGGAAAUUGGUGAUCCCACGUCUGCGAUGGAAGUGCUGCAAAAGAUGAUAUCCUUGCAACCGGACACUGGUUUCAGGAAAUACCUCUCUAUGGCACAAUUAAGCGGAGGCAAAGACGCGUUGAGGUGUUACAGCAAAGGAGCCGCCAUAAUUGAACAGCAAAUACAUGAGAAAGAAAACUGCGUUUCGGAGACGGUGUCUGAGAACAUCGAUCUUAACCGAGAACUGUCUUCUGUGUACUGUGCCAUGGCAGAGGUCUACAUGACCGAUUGUUGUUUUGACGAAGAUGCUGAAGAAAAGUGCUCUACCCUCAUCGAAAAAGGGAUCUCUGCGGAUCCAUCCAACCCCGAAGCCCUUCAGUGCAAGGUCAACUUCCUGUUGGUGAAGGGCCAAAAUGAAGAAGCCAAAGGACUGAUGGAACGGAGCCUCUCGUUGUGGCUUCCACGGUAUCAGAGCAUUAGGGAAAACAAGACAGCCAGUGAAGAUGUUGACCCUGUCGAGGUUUGCUCUCUGAGUUACAGCAGCCGAGUUGAUGCCAGUAAGCUGCUGAUCGAAUUGGAGAUGUACGAUGAGGCAGGCGACAUACUCGACGGUCUCGUAGAAGAAGAUGAUGAGGUCGUAGACGUCUGGUACCUCUUAGGUUGGCUCAAUUACCUCAGAGGUGAAGAUUACCGGGGAAAUGCCCGCUUCUACCUCAAUAGGGCAAAAGAGGUUGCUGCCAAGGUUCAGUUUGAUGACGAAGAUGAGAUCAGACACAUAGGGGAGCUGCUUGCAGAAAUUGGAGAUGAUGAUGAUGAUGACGACGAGGAGAAUGAUGUGGAAGAUGAGGAAAAGUUUGAAAGUGAAAGUGAAGAAGAGGAAGAACCUGGAGCUGAAAAUAAGAUGGAACACUAACGCUGGCAUUGUCUGGACUAUAGUACGGUUAAUGGAAGUAACGUUUUUCACCUCAAGUAUUUAUUUGUGACACCGUGUUACACUCGAUGUACGAAAUUGAAGUGAAUGUAUGACACAAAAGGUCUUCAAGGUCUUCUGGAUUCAGCAUUCCUAUCAACAAUAACAGCAUCAUCAUCAACAAUAACAAUAUUUCUUCUAACCCUGUCAGACAGCGAAUUAAAAGUGAAUUAGUAAGCUGA